GCAUCUCGGUUGAAAUCCGGUUGAUGGAAAAAUUCCGGCAGCGAAAUUGCCCAGAGGAGGUCCAUGUGGGUGCGGGGGUGCCCGAUCUGCGGUUCGGGCGAGCAUUGCCCGAUCGCAUAUAAACCCAAUUCGAUCCAUGGACAGAUUGGUGUUUCCGUGCAAACCCAUUGUAACCUCCACCUCACCUCUUCCCAAGUCACACAAUGAAGAAAUACGCGCUUAUCGGCACCGGCGGCCGCGCCAUGUUCUUCUACACAGCCAUCGUGCGCGACUUUCGCAGUACCGCUCAGCUCGUCGCCUUCUGCGACACCAACACCACUCGCCUGGCUUAUGCGAACUCGCGGAUUCAAGAGAUGGGUUAUGACUCGAUCCCGACCUACCACGCACGGGACUUUGACCGGAUGAUUGAGGAGACCCGGCCGGACGAGGUGAUCGUGACCACCAUCGACCGUACCCACCAUCAAUACAUCGUGCGUGCGCUUGAGCUGGGUUGCAAUGUCAUCACCGAAAAGCCCAUGACCAUCGAUGCCCCUCGCUGCCGGCAGAUCUUCGAUGCCAUAGAACGCACCCAGCGCCAGAUUCGAGUGACGUUUAACUACCGGUAUGCGCCCCACAAUACGCGCAUCGCGGAGCUACUGGCCGGCGGGGCGAUCGGGGAGGUGAAUGCAGUGCACUUUGAGUGGGUACUGAAUACCUCGCAUGGCGCGGACUACUUCCGACGCUGGCAUCGCGACAAGCGGAACAGCGGUGGGCUCCUGGUGCACAAGUCGACUCACCAUUUCGACUUGGUAAACUUCUGGUUGCGAACCCGGCCUGAGACGGUGGUUGCCAUGGGAGAUCUGCGCUUUUAUGGCAAAGAAAAUGCCGAGCGACGGGGUGAAACGCAGUUCUACUCGCGGUCCCGAGGGAGUGAGGUGGCCAAGGAAGACCCGUUCUCGUUGGAUCUCGAGGGUAAUGAGAAGUUGAAGGCACUAUACGCCGAUGCCGAAUGGGAGGAUGGGUACUACCGAGAUCAGAGCGUGUUUGGGGAUGGCAUCAGCAUCGAAGAUACCAUGGGGGUGAUGGUGCGGUAUCAGUCCGGCGCGGUGCUGACCUACAGCCUAACGGCCUAUGCCCCAUGGGAAGGAUUCCGGGUGAACUUCACUGGGAGCAAAGGGCGCCUCGAAGUCGAGGUGGUAGAGCAGUCAUAUGUCAACUCGGGGGGCGAGCAGGCCCUGGAGGGCGCUCUUGACCGUCGGUCCAUUCUCCUGCGGCCUAUGUUUGGGAAGCCAGUAGAAAUCGACGUGCCCGCCGGGGAGGGAGGCCAUGGGGGAGGCGAUCCUCAGCUACUGCGGGAUCUGUUUGGAACACCAGGCGCUGAUCCCUUGGGGAGGGCUGCAUCACACGUGGAUGGGGCGUGGUCGAUUGCCACCGGCAUCGCGGCCAACGAGUCCAUGCGGAAGGGGUCCAUCGUGCGGGUGAGCGAUUUGUUGUCAUUGUAAAGCGAGGACCUGUGAAUUCCCAGUAUAUAAGAACCGUCCUUGUUGUUCUGACCCUCUUCU